AUGGUCGCUGCGGGCUGCUCUUGGCGCUGCUGCUGCCUGGCGCUGGCCCUCGCCUACCUGGGCAGGCUGGCGGGAGGCGGUGGGCUUCCAGACACAGACGAGUGUGCAGAGGCCACAGAUGACUGCCACAUCGAUGCCAUCUGCCAGAACACCCCCAAAUCCUUCAAGUGUCUCUGCAAACCUGGCUACAAGGGCGAGGGAAAACAGUGUGAAGAUAUUGAUGAGUGUGAAAAUGACCACUACAAUGGGGGCUGUGUCCACGAGUGCAUCAACAUCCCUGGGAACUACCGCUGCACAUGCUAUGAUGGCUUCAUGCUGGCCCACGACGGGCACAACUGCCUGGACGUGGACGAGUGUCUGGACAACAAUGGAGGGUGUCAGCAGAUCUGUGUGAACGCGAUGGGCAGCUAUGAGUGCCAGUGCAAGGAGGGCUUUUUCCUGAGUGAUAACCAGCACACGUGCAUUCACCGCUCCAAUGAGGGUAUGAACUGUAUGAACAAAGAGCAUGGCUGCACUCACAUCUGCCGGGAGACGCCCAAAGGUGGGGUUGCCUGUGAAUGUAGGCCGGGCUUUGAACUUGCCAAAAACCAGAGGGACUGCACAUUAACCUGUAACUAUGGGAAUGGAGGCUGCCAGCACACCUGCGAUGACACAGAUACGGGACCCGUGUGCGGCUGUCACCAGAAGUACGCCCUGCAUGCCGAUGGCCGGACCUGCAUCGAGCAGGGUGAGGCUGCAAUUGAGGGCUCUCGGUUCAAUGCCACGUCAGUAGCUGAUGUGGACAAACGGGUGAAACGGCGGCUCCUUAUGGAGACGUGUGCAGUCAACAAUGGCGGCUGUGACCGGACUUGCAAGGACACGGCAACAGGAGUGCGCUGCAGCUGCCCGGUUGGCUUCACCCUGCAGCCCGAUGGCAAGACAUGCAAAGACAUCGACGAAUGCCUGGUGAACAGCGGUGGCUGCGACCACUUCUGCAGGAACACUGUGGGCAGUUUCGAGUGCAGCUGCCAGAAGGGCUACAAGCUGCUGACCGAUGAGCGGACCUGCCAAGACAUCGACGAAUGUUCCUUCGAGCGCACGUGCGACCACACCUGCAUCAACUAUGCCGGCAGCUUCGAGUGCCUCUGCCGCCGAGGCUUCACCUUGUACGGCACCAGUCACUGCGGAGAUGCUGACGAGUGCAGUGUUGGCCAUGGGGGCUGCAGCUCUGGCUGCAUUAACACGGCGGGCAGCUAUGAGUGCACCUGCCCACCAGGGAGGAAGCUGCACUGGAACAGGAAGGACUGUGUCGAGACAGUGAGAUGUCACUCCAGCAGCUCCCUCUUGGCUCCCCAGGCCCAGCUCGCCUGCAGCAAAUCAGGAGGGAUCGAAAACUGCUUCUUCUCCUGCCGCUCCAACACACGCUUCAUUCCAGACUCAGAGAACAGUUACACCUUGAGCUGCGGCGUGCCAGUACAACCGGCCAGGUCUUCCCCACAGAGACGGAACUCCACCCUGCCGGGCUGUGCAGAUGCCCUGGCCCUGCCCGCCAAGCAGAAAGCCCGCUUCAAGAUCAAAGAGGCCAAGUGCCACCUGCGCCUCCGCGGCAAGGAGAAGUUGAAGGAGGGCCCAAAGUCAACACUCUUGGAUAGCUUCCCGGUCACAUUCUUGAGCCUUAAGUGCGACUCGUCCAAGAAGAAACGCCGAGGCCGCAAGUCCCCAUCCAAGGAAGUGGCCCACGUCACCGCUGAGUUUGAAGUAGAGAUCAAGCCAGAAGAUGUCUCAGAUACCUGUAAUCUUGACUGCAUUCGGAAAAGGACGGAGCAGAAACUGCAAACUGCCAUCAAAACGCUGCGAAAAUCCAUUAACAAGCAGCAGUUUCACAUACAGGUUCCAGGGGCAGAGUAUGAGGUGGCCCAGAAGCCGGCCAAGGCUGCUGAGGGGCCAGAAGCUUGUGGGGCUGGGCAGGAACUACAGGAUGGGGCUUGUGUUGCCUGCAGCCCAGGCACCUACUACAGUGGAGAGCUCAGCCGGUGCCUACCCUGCUCGUCAGGCACAUUCCAGGACGUCGAGGGCCAACUCUCCUGUGAACCCUGCCCGAGCAAUGAUGGCCUGGGGCUGCUUGGGGCCCGGAAUGUGUCUGAAUGUGGAGGUCAGUGUUCUCCUGGUCUCUACUCCUCCGAUGGCUUUAAGCCCUGCAGACUGUGCCCGGUGGGCACCUACCAACCAGAGCCAGGGCGGACCCUGUGCUUCCCCUGCGGAGGGGGGCUCGUGACCAAGUCCGAAGGAUCUGUUUCGUUCCAGGACUGUGAGACGAAAGUUCACUGUUCCCCCGGGCACCAUUACAAUGCCACCACCCAUAGAUGUAUCCGAUGUCCCCUGGGAACCUACCAGCCCAAGUUUGGGCAGAACUUCUGCGUCACCUGCCCCGGGAACACCAGCACAGAUUUUGAUGGCUCCACCAAUGUCACCCAUUGUAAAAACCGGCACUGCGGCGGCGAGUUGGGCGAUUACACAGGUUUCAUCGAGUCCCCCAAUUAUCCUGGGGACUACCCGGCCAAUGUGGACUGCGUCUGGAACAUCAACCCCCCACCCAAGAGGCGGGUGCUCAUCGUGGUGCCCGAGAUCUUCCUCCCCAGCGAGGAUGAGUGUGGUGAUGUCCUCGUCAUGAGAAAGAGCGCCUCCCCGACAUCCAUCACCACAUACGAGACCUGCCAGACGUACGAAAGACCCAUAGCCUUCACAUCCCGAUCCCGGAAACUCUGGAUCCAGUUCAAGUCCAACGAAGGAAACAGUGGCAAAGGGUUCCAAGUCCCCUACGUGACCUAUGACGAGGACUACCAGCAGUUGAUAGAGGACAUUGUCCGGGACGGACGACUGUACGCAUCUGAGAACCAUCAGGAGAUCUUAAAGGACAAGAAGCUGAUCAAAGCCCUCUUUGACGUGCUGGCCCAUCCUCAAAACUACUUCAAGUACACAGCUCAGGAGUCCAAGGAGAUGUUCCCAAGGUCAUUCAUAAAGCUCCUGCGGUCCAAAGUGUCCAGAUUCCUUCGGCCGUACAAAUAACUCCCUGGGGGCUGUCAGCGGGGGCCGGUCGAAUCCCUUCUCCCCUACGCCAUAGGACAUUUGCUCAUCGAGAGGCUCUGCAGCAGCAGCCCCGAUGCCCCGAUGCCCCGAUGCCUGUCCCGUGUAUCCUGAACAGUCGCCGUGCUGUCUGAUACUCUUUCGAAGCCAGUGUUGAAAGCAAAUCCUCCCUUGGAAAUGCCAGGCUCUGGAGAGUCCAGAUGGCGCCUGCCAGCUCAGCCGGAUGCGGGUGCACCAAGACUUCUUCUUUAGGGAAAUCCCUUAUCCAAACCUGGCCAUGUCCUAGGAGGGAAACAUGGAAACUGCCUUCCUAGGCCAGGAAAAGCCCACUGAGCUUGGCACCAGGAGUCCCGCGGAUCAGUGUGGGGUGGGGAGACAGACGUCUGAAGUUCAAAUGUAUUUGGAACUGGAAUCGCACUUGGACUUGGGUUGGAAAUGCUCAGUGAGGAGGAAGAAAAUGGUGCUGUCUCUUGGAAAGCUGGUCUUCACGGGAGCCAAAGCAGAAGCAGCAGAACUGAUGAGUUGUUCUGCAGGCUGGGCCAGCUCCCAAGCUGCCGACUCCCACGCGGCCGACUCCCACGGCCCCAACUCCCACAGCGCUGACUCCCACGCUGCCGACUCUCACAGCACCGACACUCACGUUGCCUACUCCCAUGCUCCCAACUCCCACGCUGCCGACUCUAGUGGUGCUGACUCCCACAGCACUAACACUCGUGGUGCCAACUCCUAAGCUGCCGACUUUCACAGCACUGACUCCCAUGGGUUUACUCCCAUGGUGCCAACUCUCACAGGACCGACUUCCACGGUGUCAAGUCCCACAGUACUAACUCCCAUGCAAUGACUCCCAUAGCACCAACUCCAUACUGCUGACUCCCACAGCACUGACACCUACAGUGACAGACCAUACGCUGUCUCGUGCAGUCGCCCAUGGCACAGACUCCUGUGACACUGACUCCCAUGCCUUCAUCCUGUCUUGUUCUGAUGUUUUUCCAGGCUGGAUCACUGUGUCCCCCUGCCCUAAACCCAGGGAUGAUGAACAGAAUCUGUCUGGGGGGGCCCUCCGGGUGGUGAGGAGCUAAGAGAACAGCUGUACAUGUUUCUUUGCCCUGAUAGAGCAUCUAAUUGUUACUUCUAUUCGUGGGUGAGGUAGUAACGUUAUCUUUAGCUGCUGUAAAUACUUCUCAUCUCUCCUCACCCCUCCCAUGCAGCUGUUAGUCUGUCUGUUUUUCAUUUUUGCGGAAGGGACUAAAUCACCACUCUAAGUGUUCUCCCCAACCUGAAUCCUCUCAAGGUUGGGGUGUUGAUGGAAGAAGGGCCCCCACCCCUCCAGAUGACCCAUUGACUCAGCAGGUCGGAUCAUCUCUUCAGUGAGAGUUGCCUGGGGUCCCGGAUGCUGAAAGAGAAUCAUCAGAGGGAUGUAUGGCCCUCAGCCCCAUGAGACAAGACAAGGACAGCUUCCUCCUGGCCUGGAGCUGGAGCCAACGAGGCAUUGGCUCACAUCGGGCUGAGCAGCUUGUUUCAUCCUUCCAGUGACCAGAAUGGGCCUUGGGUCUGUCACUCUAUCUUAAAUUCUUCUGGGCUUUUCAACUCCUCACCCUUUCCCCUCUAAUAACCCACCUUUGACUUUUCCUUCAUGAAUGUAUCCACAUUUUCUUGAACCUACUGCUCUUGCCAUUUCUGGCCUGCAAGACUUCCUUUGGGUAGGAAUUCCAGGUUUAGCCCAUGUAAGAAAAGCAUUUCCUUCUGCUUGCUUGGUCCAGUCCAAUUGACCCACCCUGAUAAGGCCCCUCACCCCUUCCUGUUUGAGGAGCACCUCCUUUGACCCUCCUUCCAGACUGGGGCUGCCCUUCAGAAAAACAAUUUCACAUUGCUUUGGUUCCACUCUCUGAUUCCUUCCUCAAUCAGCUGGGCCCCUCUGCUGCAGAUUGGAAUGACCGGAAGCCCAUACUGAUUCAAGGCAGGGAAAACUCUACUUUCUCUUGUUUUCUUCCCCAAACCUGGCGACGCUCUGCCCCUUGGAGGUUCCGUUCAGUGCCAGGCAGUGUCGGCCAGUCGAAGGCACAUGUGAGUUCUCUGCCUCUCGUGGGAACCGCCAGCUCUGGGCUAGAAGCCUUAGAGCUGCCAUGUGGAUUCCUGUCCCACAGGGGCCAUGGCUUUGUUCCUACCCCCAAGAGCCUCAUGCUUCCACCUCCCCUCUACCCUUCACUCUACUCCAUGGGCUGUCCCUCCAGCUUCUCCCCACUGCCAACGGCAACGUGCUAUCCCCCUACACUCCCAGCUUCCCACCUUGCACAGCCAGCCCUUCGGCUGCCGGGAAGAGCUCAGGGCCACUAGCGACCCUGAGGGCUCUCGCUGUGCACCUUCACACCCGGAUAGUGGAUGAAAAUGUUGAGCAAAUCAGACCCAGCAACCAGGGAGCCCAGUGACUCUUCCCCCAUCCAGGAAAUGGGCCAUUCCCUCAGCCCGGGCUCCGGUUCCCCCCACAAAACCCCCAUCUCUGAUUUUCUCUCCAUGAUAGGACAUUCCCUCCAAUCCCAUGAUUGUUCUUGGGUUCCUAAAGCUUUAGCGCUGGAACCUUGUCAAAGGCCGUUGGAAAAUCGCAAUACAUUAGAUCCACUGGUCCUGUUUUCAUGCUUACUAAGGAAGCAGCGUUUUUCCCCUUUGGAAAUAAUUUUGUCUUUUUCCCACUGAGUUGUGCCUUUCGGAUCCAAAUUCGGUCUUUGAGUCUUUCUCCUACUUAGACUGUGAGCCCCAUGUGGGACAGGAACUGUGUCUGACCUGAUUAAGUUGUAUUUA